AUGGCCUUCACCAGGGCCCUCAGCGUGUACGGCCCUCCACCAGGGCCCUCAGCGGUGUAUGGCCCUCACCAGGGCCCUCAGCGGUGGGUGCCUGGUGCUGGAGUGGGAGUUCCGGCUCUAGGAUAUUACCCAGGAGCUGCUGGGAUUGGAGGCCUGGGAGUAGGAGGCCUAGGGGCUGGAGCUGGACUUGGGGGUGCAGGGCUCGGUGUUGGAGCAAAACCUCCCAAGCCAGGCCUCGGGGGACUCGGCACACUUGGCCUGCAGCCAGGUGGCGUAGUCCAGCCAGGUUUCUACCCAGGAGGCGUCUACCCGGGCGGCAUCUACCCAGGGGCUGGGCUGGGAGCCUAUAAAGCUGUUGCCAAAGCUGGUGCUGGUGUGGGCGGAGUGGGUGGAGUCGGCGGUGUGGGCGGAGUCGGCGGUGUGGGUGGACCCGGCGGUGUUGGCGUCUCCACAGGUGCUGUAGUGCCCCAGACUGGGGUGCAGCCAGGAGUAGGCGCUGGAGGGAAACCUGCCAAGGUACCAGGUAUUGGCAUUCCAGGGGUGUACCCGGGCGGCGUGCUCCCAGGAACAGGGGUCCGUUACCCUGGCAUAGGCGUCCUGCCUGGUGUGCCCACCGGGACUGGAGUCAAGGCAAAAGCCCCAGGAGGAGCAGGAGCCCUUGCAGGAAUCCCCGGAUUCGGAGGCUUCGGGGGCCAGCAGCCCGGCCUCCCUCUGGGAUAUCCCAUCAAAGCCCCCAAGCUCCCAGGUGGCUAUGGGCUGCCCUACAGCACUGGAAAGCUGCCUUACGGGUACGGACCAGGCGGGCUAGGUGCUGGUGCUGCGGGAAAGGCAGGAUACCCCACGGGGACAGGAGUUGGAGCUCAGGUAGCAGCAGCUAAAGCAGCAGCUAAAUAUGGUGCUGGCGUCGUGCCUGGUGCUGCUGGCAUCCCCGGAGUCGGAGGUCUCGGAGGCCUGGUGCCCGGAGUUGGGGGUCUCCCUGGAGUUGCAGGUGUCCCAGGGGUUGCAGGAGCUGGAAGCCCAGCGGCGGCAGCCGCGGCAGCAGCAGCAAAAGCAGCCAAGUACGGUAAGAUGGCCGUCUACUCCUUCAGUGCAUGUGUCACGGACUCACAGAUCGAUCCAGGCAUGGUGGCCAUGCUGGUGCAGACAGGUACGAGCCUCCCCAGCACGCGCCCUCCCCUGUGCAGCUGGUUGUGA